CGCUGUUUUAGUCAUCAAGAGCUAAAUUGCCGGAGACAGAAAACUAAUGGAUGGUUAAAAACAUCGAGUCUUACGUCAUUGCCAAGUCUUUUAACAACGUAAGCUACUGUUAGAAGGCAGAUUAAGGACUUGCCUCUGACCGUGGCCAGUCCCUGAAUAUGAACUGCUGUCGCUUCCCGGAGCUUUCUUUCCUUCAGUUUCUGUUCCUCAUGUUUGGAAGCUGGAUAUUUGCAAACCAUGUCGCCAAUGGACAAGGUAAAACUGUCAUCCGAGAGCCAGACCAAGAACUGACUCACGCAAAUUUUAAGGUACACAAGUUCUCCUAUCUCAACAUCACCAGCAUUGGUUCAGAUUAUGUUAUGGAAGGCAACGAGUGUGGAUUUGCUUGUGUUAACAUGCCUUCGUGCUUCUCCUUUAACCUGGCUUUAAUUCAAGACAUCAUUGGUAGAUUGCUGUGUGAAUUUCUUCCAUCGGAUAUCUACAGCAACUCGGACAAGUUCAUCGCCAGUCAGAGCCACCAUCACUUUAGCGUCACAUCUCCAUGUAUCAGUUGGCCGUGUCAGAACAACGGGACAUGCGCCGCACAUCACGAGAAGAACAAUUAUGUGUGCCUUUGCACAAAAGGAUACACCGGGAAACAUUGCGAAACGGCUCUAAUCGCCUCCAGUAUCCUGAGCGGUCUUGACCGUGACAAGUACCUAGGAGUGCUGGUAUCAUAUAUGAGUCCAGUUCUCAUGGAUUCCAGCCGCAGUGUAUUUGUUAGAUGCUGGCAUGCCAAGACAGACGGAUGGGCUGCAGCAACAUUUCAUAACAACUGUGAUGGAAAGGGACCCACAGUGACACUCAUCCUGGUCAACUCUUACAUAUUUGGAGGAUAUACCAAUGUGCCAUGGAACGGUAAGGCUUGAAAGUAAACUUUCAUAUUUGCUUAC